UUCUUCCUUUCUGGGCACCCCGACUUCCUCAACCACCUCAGCCAGCUAGCGUUGCAAGUCACCUCCUCUUCUUAGCAGCCUCGUUAAUUCCAAAAAACCAUGGAGUCUCGAGUUGUAGGCGUACUGGGCGCCGGUCAGCUCGGUCGCAUGUUCGUCGAAGCCGCCUCCCGCCUCAAUGUCCAGGUACGUCUCCUCGAUGUUGGACCAUCCGCUCCAGCAAAGCAAAUCUCCUUUGUUCCCGCUGCAGAUGGUACCACUUCGGAGCACGUAGACGGAGCUUUUACUGAUGGAGAGAAGAUCAAGGAAUUGGCAAAGAAGGUAGACGUUCUCACCAUCGAAAUCGAGCAUGUCAAUGCCUCGCAGCUACAGACUGUGCUGGACGAAGGUAUCGUCAAGGAGGUCCAUCCUCUGCCCUCCACUAUUGCUCUGAUUCAGGACAAGUAUGCGCAAAAGAAGCAUCUCGUGGCUCAAGGACUGCCUGUAGCAGACUUUGUUGCUGUAGGCGGGGAGAGUCUGCAAGGUACAUCUGCUUCGGCUCAGAUUGAAGGUGUAGCAGCUGCAGGAAAACAGUUUGGAUUUCCCUUAAUGCUCAAGUCGAGGACACAGGCGUACGAUGGCAAGGGAAACUUCGUUGUCAAGGAAGCUGGUAACGCCGAGGAAGGCGUGAAGGCUCUGGGGAAUGGCAGCCGGGGCCUCUACGCCGAGAAGUGGGCGCCCUUCGUCAAGGAGGUUGCAGUCAUGGUGGUGCGCAGCUCGACCGGUGAAGUGAGGGCCUAUCCUGCUGUGGAAACCAUUCACAGGGACAAUAUCUGCCAUACUGUCACUGCGCCAAUCCGGACAAGCGACCCGAGGAUACCCCAGCAGGCAAGAGAGAUUGCCGAAAGGGCUGUAGCAACAUUUGGAGGUGCUGGAGUGUUCGGAGUAGAGCUCUUCCUGAUGGCCGAUGGCCAAUUGUUGAUCAACGAGAUUGCUCCAAGGCCUCAUAACUCUGGCCAUUACACCAUCGAGGCGGCCGAGACAAGUCAGUAUGAGAACCAUCUGCGGGCCAUCCUCGGUCUGCCUCUGGGCAGCACUGCGCUCAAGGUUCCUUCAACAGCAAUGGUCAACAUUCUGGGACUUUCUGAUCUAGACACAGACAAGGAUGCGAUCGUCAAGACGAUGGCUCCUGCUGUAGCAAGUCUCGCUGUGCCGGGAGCGACUGUGCAUCUCUAUGGCAAGGUGGGGUGCAGAAAGGGCAGGAAAAUCGGCCACAUCACAGUCGUUGCUCAGAGUGACGCUGAGCUGCACCAACGGAUGGAGCCCAUUCUCCACGCACUCGAGACUGCCACAGAAGCGGCACGUAGCGGAUCUCAGCUCCCUGCUGAGCUGACGCUGAAGGGUGCCUGCCAGAGUGAGGAGAACAGGAGACAAGAGUAUGGCUCAGCCUCCACUUCCUCGUUGUCACCACUCAAGCCCACUCCUCAGUCUGCGCUAGACUUCAAGCACCCUCACCCCCUCGUUGGUAUCAUCAUGGGCUCAGACUCAGACCUGCCCGUCAUGCUACCCGCUGCACAGAUCCUCAAGAAGUUCAACGUCCCAUUUGAGCUCACGAUUGUCUCUGCGCACCGCACUCCCGAUCGCAUGAGGGAGUACAGUCGGUCAGCUCCUUCGCGAGGUCUGAGAGCCAUCAUUGCUGGUGCUGGAGGCGCUGCUCACCUGCCUGGCAUGGUGGCAGCUCAGACACCUCUGCCCGUCAUUGGUGUCCCCGUCAAGGGAUCUGUGCUGGAUGGGGUAGACUCGCUGCAUUCUAUUGUGCAGAUGCCCCGGGGUGUCCCCGUCGCAAGCGUUGCGAUCAACAACUCGACGAACGCAGCGCUCUUGGCCAUCCGUAUUCUGGGAGCUGCUGAUCCGCGGUACUUGGGCGUGAUGCAGCAAUACAUGGAUGAGAUGGAGGCAGAGGUCAUGGGCAAGGUGGAGAAGCUAAGUGAGGUCGGAUGGGACUAUGUGGUGAAGAAGUAG